UGUAAUUCUUAUUUCCUUCACUGAAUCUUAAAAAAUCAAUGGUAUUUCUUUGUCAACUGUCAACAAUACAUAUACCUAAUCAAUCUUCGUCAUCCCCCAAUUAGAUAUCGUCUUGUUGUAAUAAUACAUCAAUAGCUUUUUUUUGCGCUGAACGCCUUGACAAAAUAAAUCGGCAUUCAUCAUUGAUCUAUUUCUUCUCUGUCCCCAUUCAAAUCGUACAAACACUUUGCUUUCUCUCUUCCCCCCACCACACCAAGAACAUCAGCCCAUCUUUCCCAUUCGUCAUCCAACACGCCUUGUCGUGUCUUUGACAAGUCGUGUCUCUUGUCUUAUCUUGACGCGCCAACCACGCGAAAUAGAAUCCCCGUAUUCACCAUUUGAUCUUUAACCACCUCAGAAGUAUCAUCCACUACCAACGUCAUCAAGAUGUCGCAACAACAGACCGCACCAAUGCUCAUCAAUGUGCCUCCCCCACCAUCCAAUCCGGAUACUCCUAGUGAUAUGCCUGGUACUCCUACCAGCACUACCACCUCCCUCUCCGCCCUUUCUACUACCGCUAUCAAGGAUGGCCAUCGAGGUCAUGCCUACCACGGUCUCGGAGGUCCCCGAGGCCAUCAACAUCACUCAUCCACCAAUAGCCUAGAAGCAGAGCGUGCAGAUCGCAUCAGUCGUCUUGCCGGUCUCGAGCGUGUAAAUACCGUCCGCGCCCCCAACCAGAACCAACCACACAAUGGCAAUCCGAACGCUCUUCAGACUACGCCUACAUCCAAUGCCGCGCAACAGGCCGCUGCCCUCACACCCGCCUACUUCGACUCCAAUGGCCAACCAGUCGCAAUCACCAAGAUGAGCACGGUCGGCACGGCCUCCGCGACGGGUAGUGUCGGAGCGCGGACAACUACCGAGGCCGAACAAUUUGACAUGGAUGCCGACCUAACCGAAGUUGAUGAAGACAGUAGCAUGAGUAUGGACACUAACUAUCGUCCCAUGGAUGUUGAUUCUACCUCCGGCGCCAUGGAUCCUAUGGAAGACAUAACCGGUCGUUCCGUUGGUGGUUUUGAGGACCGCAUGAGUGAUGACGGUACAGCCAGUCUAGUUGGUUUCGGCGAGGGCGCAAACAGCACUGUCAGUGGCCCUAUAUACCACCGUAGGCCCCUACCUGGUACCGCUGGGGCGACAGGUGUAUGGGGCCUGGAGCGAAGCAGCUCGGGUCUAAGCCAAGAAGCUUCAGCACGCAGUCGAGAGAUGCGAGACAAUGGUAACGACACCCCCAUCAGCGCGUCUGCUGCCGCAGAAACACGGCAUGCUAAAUAUGUUGACGGCGUUGCUGUAGAUGGUGGUGGUCAUGUCGGUACUUCUGACGAUGACGUUUUUGUCGACACCACAACCCGCGGUCCCAUUCCUGUCCAACCCGGGCAGCCACGAACAAGUGCUCUUAGAGAAGGAGUUGGUGGACCAGCCUCUCGCGAAGCUGCCGAGCGCAUUGUGCGAGAGCGCCUCGAUGGUGGUGAGGCUGCCCGAGGCCCGAUCCUAGGUAACUCGAAGGAUGGUGAUAAGCUGGGAAAGUUCUAUUUUGAGGAUAAGAAGUUGUAGUGGCAAUAAAACACAAAUGCUGUCAUCAAGGUAGUUCAGAACAUCAGGGAGGAGGUAUUUGUCUUUUUUCACGAUCCACGUAUCGUUACGGAGUUAUAUGGGCGUUCCGCGGAAACACAAAAGCCAACCAUAGCAGUCCGACCUAGGACGAAGACAGUGGCUCAACUGUCUUAUUAUAGAUUGAAGACGUGCAGUCAAGAAGAGGCACACGCACUCGCCUCAUAUCUAUGUCAGGCUUUUUUCAAGGAGAGGGUCAAGGUUUUAUUAAAGAAUGGUCGUAUUUGAUUAGGAUUAGGUACCUACCUAGGGCAACAUACCUACUUAGGAUUGGGAGACGACCUUUAUAUGGUACCAAGUGAGCACUCGUGCGUAUGAUUAUGCAACGCUUAGUUUUGCUUUUAAUAUAAUGUUUGGCUGCUUUGGCCCUGUGA